AUUAUCGGCAGCCACACACACAUAUACACAUACACACUAGCUAGAGGCGGUGUGUCUUUCAGUUUAACUGGUUGUCGCCUGUUCCGGUUGAUGCUGUUAACACUCUUGAACAAACAGCUUUUGGACACAUGACACGUUAAACUCCGGAGCUAAAACCACAACGGCUGGAUGAGUGGACCAACCUUCGCCACCCCGUCUGCAGAGGCGGCUGAAAUCAACCGCAUCCAUUAUGAGUUGGAGUAUACAGAGGGCAUCAGCCAGCGCAUGCGGAUCCCUGAGACCCUCAAAGUGGCCUCAGAGAACCAAACAGAGUCUUUGUUACUCCAGCAGCCCCUGCACACAACUCUGAUGCAAGUGCCUGAGAGGAUCGUCGUAGCAGGGGAUGAUGACGACCCUCGAUUCUCUCGUCCCCGAGACUUGGACUUGAUUCAGUCCGUCCCCCCCGUGGACCUCCUGGACAUGAGGGCCCCGCCACGUGUCCUCACCCUUACAGAACAACCACUGGACUCCCUUGAAACUGACCAAGCUGCCAAUUCACAGAGCAACCCCAGCCAAGCUGCUCAUUUUCAUUCACGGUCUCGAAGGGAACGCAGUGCCAGUGAGAACAUAUCUGGUCGCCACAGCAGUCAGAUCAGCAGAGGUGAAUUAAGUGUAACCCCUUCCCCUUCUGCCCCCCCAGUCCGCUUGUGUCCCCCUCUCUGUUCCCCUGAGGAUGCAAACAUCAACCUGUUCACAGCUGCGGGGUUCCUGUCUUACAUCCAGUCAACAACUCGCCGGGCGUACCAGCAGGUCCUUGAAGUCUUGGAUGACAGCCACCGCAGGGCACACCUGGACCUGGCCAUGGACAUAAACCCUGAUGAGUCUGGCUUAGUGGACGCCUCCUCACUACGACGACAGAUCGUGAAGCUGAACCGACGUCUGCAGCUGCUGGAAGAAGAAAACAAGGAACGCUCCAAGCGAGAGGUGAUCCUGUAUUCUGCUACUGUGGCAUUCUGGCUCAUCAACACCUGGAUCUGGUUCCGUCGCUGAGAUGGGACAAGACCGAGUCUCCCAAAACACUGGACGCCAAAGCAAUUUCUUGUUAAAGGUGCAAUCACAAAAAACAUAAUGGAUUUUUUCAUCUAAAGGCAACCACAGGAAACUAUGGAAUUUGCAGUGUCCUCCACCCCAAACCCUCCAUGUUUUUAUUGCGAAUUCUUGGAAUUUCAAGCUUAACACUGAUUAGGGACAUAAAACACUUCAGAGAUAAGACCUGUGGCAGAGAAACUAGUAUCCACACUUACCAACUGGCUCUGGUGAGGCAGUACAACACAACUCAAACUAGAAGUAAAGCUAAAUACCUCUCAUUCAAAGAUUCAUAUAUGUAUUUAAUUCCUGUAUUAACUGGAAAAUGACUAGCGAGACAAAGCACAACGACACUCCAGCUGGGUGUUUUUAAAAAGGUUGGUAACUGCUUUACUGUAGUGAGCUGAAGUUUGAUGCUUCAGUAACAAACACUUGCUAGCUGUUAUGUUGUUAUGAUGUUAACGACAUCAUAGAUGUUCAACAAAUACAUUGUGAACUCUAAACCACUGUUUAACUUUCUCAGAGGGAGAUGGAUCCUCUACUUUUCAAAUAUUGCACAAAUGUUCUUUUUGUGUUUGCAGAAACAAAAUGCUUUGGACUGAAACACUCUGGGUUAUGGAGCAUUCUCAAAAAACAUUUUGUUUAGCAUGUCAAGCAUGAAUAUCAAGAGCCAUUGAAGGCAUUAAUCACCAAUAACUGCAAAUAGUGGUGCAACAACUAACAAUUAUUCUCAUACUAAUUAUUCUCAUCAUCAAUAAAUCAGAUGAUUAUCUUCUCAAUUAAAUUAUUGAUUGUUUGGUCUAUAAAAUGUCAGCAAAUAGUGAAAAAUACACAUCACAUUUUCCCAGCGUCCAAGGCAGGGCUGAACGAUUUUGAACAAAUAUCUAAUUGCGAUUAUUUUUGACUGAUAUUGCAAUUGUGAUAUGAUUUGUGACAUUAGAGGGACUGAUCACAUUUACAUCAUUAUUCUC